CGGGGGACGGAGGCGGGGGGGGACCCCGGCGCGUGCCGCUCCUUAAAGGGGGGCGCGGCGCCCGGCCGACACCGGAGACGUCGGGCCGCCACGCGCGAGGCGGGCGGGCACGCCGCGAGCCGGCCCGGCCCGGCCCUGCCCCUCGCCCCCCUCCCAACCCCCCCCCCCGCCCCAUGGGCGCUCGGCGCCCGCGCUAGAGCCAUGAGCCUGCCGCGGGCCGCGUGGGCCGAGGGCGCGCGGGAGCUGGCGGCGCCGGAGCCGCCGCGGGGGCCGGAGUCGGGCGGCUGCGGCUUCGGGCCGGGCUGGCUGGGCGUGUGCUGCGCCGGGCGGCUGCCCGCCGCCUCGCCCCGCUACCUGCUGCCCGGCGAGGAGGAGGAGGAGGCGGCGGCGGCGGCGGCGGCGGCGGAGGGGAGCGCGGCGCGGGGCGGCGGGAGCAGCCCCGGCGGGGCGCGGGGCGCGGCGGCGGGCGGCGGGCGGCCGCGGGGCGGCGGCGGGCCCGGCCUGCGGGCGCAGGUGAGCGGCGUGCAGAAGCAGCGGCGGCUGGCGGCCAACGCGCGGGAGCGGCGGCGGAUGCACGGGCUGAACCACGCCUUCGACCAGCUGCGCAACGUCAUCCCCUCCUUCAACAACGACAAGAAGCUCUCCAAGUACGAGACGCUGCAGAUGGCGCAGAUCUACAUCAGCGCCCUGGCCGAGCUGCUGCACAGCCCCGCCGCCCCCCCCGACGCCCCCGGCAAGGCCGAGCACCGCGGGGCUCCCUUCGAGCCGCCCUGCGCCGCCGGGGCCGGGGCCGGGGCCGGGCCGCCGCCGGGGCCGCCGGCGCCGCAGCCGGGGCCGCCGAGAGCCUCGCCCCCCGGGCACGGCAGGACUCGCUUCCCCCCGCCGCCGCCGGCCGCGGGGGGCUACUCGGUGCAGCUCGACCCGCUGCACUUCCCCGCCUUUGCGGAGGGCGCCCUGAUGGGACAGAGAGCCCCUUCCCCCGCCCUCCUCAUGCCGCAGCCCGGGCAGCCGCCGCAGGAGAGGAGCAAAACGUCGCCCCGGUCCCACAGGAGCGACGGGGAGUUCUCGCCCCGCUCCCACUACAGCGACUCCGACGAGGCCAGCUAGGGCGGGGGCGCCGUCCCCAGCACCCCCCCGGGGCCGCGGCCGCCCCUCGGAGCACGGACUCCGCCGUGGGGUGAGCAGCCGGCCGCCGUGCCGUCUCGGACGGCACCGGCUCCCCUCGGUCGCUUUGAAAUCCGCCCCCUCUUCUCCCACCCCCGGCAGCUCCUGGGUUCGUCCAGGGGGAUGGCUGUUAGCGAGUGACUGUGCCCGCCCUAUCUGUCAGGGUCGGUUGUUUGGGGUUGGUUUUUGGUUUGGGGUUGGUUUUUUUGUUUUUUUUUUUUUUUUCAUUUUUAGUUACCACUGUCAAAAGUUUAUUUUGCCUAGAAGUCGUUGCCGUUCCCUCCUGCCAACACGCCGCCUUGCAGCGCGGAGCCUGGCUUGCGCCGCCGGCGAGCAGGUGAUGCGCAAGGAGAAAAGUCCGGCCCCGCUGCUGCUGCUGCUGCCGCUGCUGCCGCUGCUGCUGCUGGCCGGCGCGGGGGGGGGUGCCGCCGGCGCCCUCCCCACCCGGCCGUGCACCCGCGCUGACACCCACGUCUUCCAGCACACCCAUCCUGCCGUGGGUCGUAUUGCUGUGGAAACACACACACACACACA